AUGACCGACGGCAAACCCGCUCAGGCACCUCAUUUCGAGCUUCCACCUGCUGCGUUGAAUGCGCACGCACCUACUCCAGCGCAUCAUGACUCCGAAGAGGUUGUGCGAUAUGAGAGACGGCGCGUUUCGAGAAAGCUAGACCCCAUCGUCCGUCACACGUCGUCCAGACCAAGCACCGGUACCCCGCCUACAUCACAAGCUACACCGAGCUUCGUCAGUCUACGCUCUCGCAACGCCUCUCUGAGAAGCCCAUCGAGUACUUCUAGAGAAGACCUGAGGCGACACGUUUCCGCAAUUAGCGGUGCGAGUACCCAAGCUGAUAUACCGGGCGCGAGUGAGGAUGGCGGGCAGAGCUCCAUGUCAUCUCUGAAGGUACCACAUUGGUAUGAUCCAAUCGUCAUGGUUUGGUCUAGGCAUAUUUGUCCUACGAUAGACGAGGGAGCGUUUAGAGAUCACUUGGCACUCGAGCGCACGUUUCUCGGCUACCUUCGCACCUCUCUCAUACUCGUCAUGACCGGCGUACUAAUCGCACAAUUCUUUCGCCUCCAACGCACCGCCAAUCCUAACCCAGUGUUCGGGUUCUAUACCAUUGGACUGCCGCUCAGCGUCACGUUCAUUAGCAUGGCCAUGGUGGUAAUGCUUAUCGGGGCGGUGAGGUUUUGGAGGUUGCAAAGGGCGUUAAUUGCGGGGAGAGCACUUGCUGGUGGAUGGGAAGUGUUGACAAUUAUGGGGUUGAGUGCGUUGCUUCUGAUAGGGACCUUCGCUUUGGUGCUUGGGGUUGAUAUCGACAAAACCUACUUUAAUGGCUAG